GCCGAAUUCAUGAAAUCGAAUGGAAAAUCUAUUUUGCUACUGACAAAUGUCGAAGUUGCAUUUAUUUCAAUGUAGACUUGCGUUUCCCUAAUCUUGAAAACCGACCAGAGCGAUAAAUUUUAUGUCGAUUGGAUUUAACAAUAAUUACGCCCGAUAAGACGGUCCAGCGGUAGCUAAUAAAAGUCGCAGGUGAAUUUAGUUAUUCAUUUAGUGCAAAAUAUUUCCUCAAACAAGGUGCUUCAACGAAGUUCAUAAUGGCAUCAGGAAUUUCGACUGUUCAAAAUGUGAUGGCUGAUGCCAGUGCUACAAGAGGUCCCGAGGGCUUGGAACAAGUGGUCCUGAACGUCCCGGGAAACCGUCGAGGUCGUAACCAAGCUGAACCAAGACUUGACCCAUGGUAUUACGCGGUUUUCUUCAAAUUACUGUGGAUUGUUGCCUGCCUCUUCGCCACGUCCGUAAUUGUUGGUACAGUCGUAUAUUUUAUGCAUGUACUACACCAGGCUUCCUUGAGGCCGCGCCCAAAGGAGAUUAUUGUAGAUUGAAAAAUAUUGUACUCUUUUGAAAGGAAACAAAAUAAUGACUAGACUAACACAAGUCGUGGAAGUCUAGAAACCUUUUGUUUCCUUUCAAAAAUUAAUUUUUAUAAUUUGGAAGCACUCAAUUUUUUAGCUUUAUUAUUCUGCAACACAUGGCAUCAAAUUUAACAACUUGGUGAAACUUGGACCUCGGUGUAAUAAUGCUAAAAAAAUAAUUAUACAAAUUUUUCAGAUUUUUUUUUUAAAUUAAAAUGGGUAUGUUUUUUUUUAUAUAUAUACAUAUAUAAUUUUGGGGAUUUUUUUUUAUGUUUUUUUUGGUAGCGGUCUUAUAUAUCUACAUAUAUAUUUAUCAACAAUUAAUAAUCAAUAAAGAUACAUAAACAUACACACACAUAAUAUAUAGGUAUAUUACUUUAACUUAGCAAAGAGUCAAUAUUUUUAUAAAUAUAUUUUUGACAUUUCUUUUCACAAUAAUAUUGAUUUAUUACUUUUCAAAUAUUUUCCGAUAAUUUAUUGAAGAAUUAUGCUGGCAAAUAAUUGAUACAUUUUUGAUUAAAAUUGUUAUUACUUAAAUUCGAACCGGUUUAUUCAUCUUCAGAUAAACUUGCUGGUAAAUAUCUCAAAGAUCAAUUUACCGUUCUAUAAUUGUAUUGGUCGGCGGAUAACUGGCCAACCAAUAGGAUUACAAAUUGCGUUUUCAUCUGUCAGAUUGCAUGCCUGACAGUUUAUCAGAAGGUGAAUAAACUGGCCCUAAAAGAAACAUCUAUUAGGCAGUUAGUUUGACUUUUUGAUUAUAACUCCUUGUCAUAUUAAAUGUAGUAAUUUUGUAUUUAAAAUUUGUCCGAAUAUAA